AGCUGCAGUAGCAGAGACGGCAGCACGCCCACCAAAACCUCGAUACUCUCAACCAGCAAACACAGAGGAAAAGGACCAUAAUGGCGGCUGCAUCCCCCCCACUAGACCCAGAUCUAAUGAGAGAGGUUCUGGAAUGCCCCAUCUGCCUGGAGACCUACAACCAGGAGCAAAUGAGACCCAAACUCCUGCAGUGUGGUCACACAGUGUGCAGGCAGUGUCUGGAGAAGCUGCUGGCUAAUACCAUCAACGGCGUCCGCUGUCCCUUCUGUAGCAAAGUGUCCCGAAUGAGCAGCAUUUCCCAGCUGGCUGAUAAUCUCACCGUGCUCAAGAUUUUAGAUUGCACUAUAUCCUGCAGUGCUGCUGCUGCUGCUCUAAUGUGCAAGUCCUGCUGCAACCGCCUGCCACGACAGUACUGCCACGACUGCGCCACAGUUCUCUGUGAGCUCUGUAAAAUGGAGGAUCACCUGCAUCAGGGCCAUUCAGUCCAGCCGAUAAGGUUGGCAGCCGAGCAGCGUCGUAAAGAACUGGGUGGUAAACUGGCUGCUCUCCGUGAUGUCAUCGAAGAAAUUCAGAAGAAGAAAUCAGCGAUUGAAAACAUUACCAAGUCCUUGAGGCUAAAGUACCGAGCAGUUCAGCAGGACUACACCACAGCUGAGCUACGUCUUCAAGAGGAGCUCACCAGAUCUCGAAGGACAUUCGCAGCUUCCAUGGCAGAAGUGGAAAAACUCAAUGCACAAGUCCUGGAGGAGCAGACGUAUCUCCUUAAUAUUGCAGAGGUAAAAGUGGUAUCACGCUGUGAUUAUCUGACCAUGCGUGUGAGGCAGAGCGAUAUCGCCUUGCUGAAGGAUGAUGGCGGAAGCAGCGAUGAUGAGGAGCUUGAUCUGAGGAGCAGUUUACCCACAAUGUUUCAGCUGCAAGAGCCAGAGCUGGUCAAAACAGAGCACUCUAAGCCUGUAGAAAUAGGCCAAGUGACCACAAACACUUACACUGUCAAUACAGACGAUGAGGAGAGUGGGUUAGAGAUUGCACUUGAGAGUGAUGUUGACGGAGUAGCCGGAGCAGUAGGGGCUACAGGUGGAGCAAUGGGGGCUCCAGUGGAUUUGUACCGAGAUAUUGACAUGGUUACAGCUGUAGAGGAGGCAGUGUGUGGUUCACCAGGCAGCUUUAAGUCUAAGUCCAUGGAUGCAGGAGGGGGAUCGCCUGGGGCAGCUGGAGCAACUUCAGGGCCACCAGUCUGCCAGUUUGUGAAGAAGAUGGGCUGUAAGGGAACUUUACCUGGCAUGUUCAAUUUACCUGUCAGCAUCUGCGUGACGGCACAAGGUGAAGUACUGGUAGCCGAUCGCGGGAACUACCGGGUCCAGAUUUUCAAUCGCAAAGGUUUCCAACGUGAAAUCAGACGCAAUGCCAGUAGCAUUGACAACUUCGUCCUGAGCUUCCUCGGCGCUGACCUUCCUAACCUCAUCCCCUUAUCCAUCGCUGUGACUCCUCAAGGCCUGAUCGGCGUCACUGACAACUAUGACAACUCCGUUAAAGUCUACACCAUGGACGGGCACUGUGUGGCUUGCCACAAGAACCAGCUGAUCAAACCCUGGGGCAUCACUGCCAUGCCAUCAGGCCAGUUUGUGGUGUCAGACGUGGAAGGUGGCAAGCUGUGGUGUCUAGCAGUGGACCGCAACGUCGGCGUGGUCAGCUACAACCGACUGUGCUCUGCUGUCCGGCCAAAGUUUGUGACGUGCGAUGCAGCUGGAACAGUUUAUUUCACCCAGGGCCUGGCUCUGAACUUUGAGAAACGCCACAAUGAGCCACACCUGGAGGGCGGCUUCUCCAUCGGGUCAGUGGGUACCGACGGCCAGCUCGGCAAGCAGCUCAGCCAUUUCUUCUCAGAGACAGAGGACUUCCGCUGUAUCACUGGCAUGUGUGUGGACGCCAAUGGGGAUUUGCUGGUUACAGACAGUGGCAGGAAAGAAAUUCUCCAGUUCCCCAAAGAAGGUGGAUUCAAUAUUCUAAUCCAGGAGGGGCUGACCUGCCCCGUGGGAGUGGCCACAACCCAGAAAGGACAGCUGCUGGUGCUGGAUUGUUGGGACCACUGUGUCAAAGUCUACACCUACAUUCAGAGGAGGCAUUCCUCCACUUCCUAGAAGAACAAUCCAGUCUAAUUGCCCAUGCGCUUGAGAGGGUUUAAUAGGUAUGUUUGAGUGGUUCUGUGUGGAAGCUUGGAAAAGGAAGACACACACUGUUAUUCGUCACUUUAGUUUAGCUGCAGUCCAGACUAUUUUCACUCCAGCUUCCAUUGAGUUCGUAACUGAAUGUUUUUAAUCAGUUCAGGUUCAGUUUGGAUCCUACUGGAUUUUGAUUUAAUACCUCAAAAUUUAAUCUGGUUAUUUUAAUGGAUCAUAACAGUAAGACAGACCUUGCAACAUUUUUAGAUCAAAGGAACUGGCAAGUUGUCAUAUUGGACUAAGCAGAAGGAGCCAUUCAUGUCAAAGCUACUGAGGCACAAAGUACAGAUGAUUUUCCUUCCUCUGUUAUUGGCUGCUUUAUCCACCAUUCAGCCUGACUGUGCUUGAUGCAUGGCUUUCACUGAUUUGGCUCAGCUUUGCACCAGGAAAAAAAAAAAAAGAAAAAACGGGAGGAAGAAGAGCUGAAAAUGAACAUGUAUUUGCAUAUGAAAUAAAGCAUACCAAGGCUUUUGGCCUGUGAAGCACUUUAUUAUCGACACGCCACUGUUUCCAAGUGUUAGGUUUUAGUAGCACAGACUUACGUUGAUGUUGCUGAAUGCAGCUGGCAGCUUUAAAGUUUACUGGCAAUACAGUAACCAAGUACCAGCAUUCAUUGAAAUUGCAUUCAGUAACAUUCAGGGAACAUUUAAUGUUGGAUAUUAAGUUAUCUACAGAAAAAAGAAGGGUUUAACUGCAAAAUCACAACAUGAUGUGCCGUGGGAGAAAAUAUGGGGCAGUCAGUGCUGAUAAGAUCAUGUACUGGAGUUCUGUGGAUUUAUGUUUGUUUACUCAUGUCGUCGGGGAAACAUCUUAAUGUUAGAUGUUAAAUACGUUUGCUUAUUUAAGGGUAGCUGAGUUAAUGGAAUCAGAAGGGUUUCUGAUUUUUAUUUUGCAGCUAUUAUUUUUCAUGGUACUUAUGGAGCACACUGCUACAUUUUUUUCUGGUGUUUCUUAAUACUGCCCAGCAAUCCUGCGUAUGUCAGCCACGAUGUUAGAAAACCGUUUCGGCUGCAGUGACAUUUUCCGAGCAAAGGUCACUAAAACCCACAGUUUGGUCUACAAACACUUUUCUGUCUGUAUGUUGUUUUUUUUUUAUUUAACCUUCUCCUUGUGAUGUUCCUGCCACAGCCUCACUUUACGGUGUAAGGCUGGCUGAAUUCAAAUCAGCAAGAUAAAAUCCUUGUCUUCUGCUGCAGAUCAUAUUCCAGCCAUCGAUUUCAUCUCAAUUUCAGACAUCUUCAUGCCCUCCUGUUUGCUUUUUGUUUAACCUGCAGCAUUAAUAUCGUAUCGAGCGGUUUUACUUAGCGAGACCCACGCAGCAGCUCCUACUUUUAGUCUCGUUUCUCAGACAGACUUGUGUCCAUUAUGAACGGGUCCUAAGGUCCCAGAUGACCUUUAAAGUUUGGGAGGCUUUUAAAAGUUCAAGGCUCUGUUAUUUCCACUGCUACGUCUAUAAAUGGCUGAAAACUGCGAUGCCUUCACAGGCACGCUCAAUAGCACCCGUACCACAACGAGCGUAACGACACAGCAGAUUUGUGUAACUCGAAUAAUGUUUACGAAUUUAGUUUUAAACCUGACAUUUAUUCCAGACAUGCCAUCGUUUUCCUCCUGCCUGCAUUCGGCAGUCUUUGUAGGGAUCACUGCUGGCAGGCGUGUUCAGAAUAACACCGCCAGGAUAACGACGAGCGAAAACUCCAGCAUCACAUCCCCCAAAGUUGACUUUUUUUUUUUUUUGUUGGUUCUGUGUUGCUGUGUCUCCCUCAGGUUUUUUUUAUUCAACGUUAGGUAACUUGCAACCUUCGCAAGUGUUGGUGCAUAUGGUAACGACAACAGCCAUACACAGUGUUUUGCUAGUUCGUGCGUCGUGUUAGUUCACAGUAAACCGGUCUCUGUCAACGUGUUUUUUUUAUUUUUUAAAUCGUGUAAAACUGUUGAAUUUUUGAGUCGAAAUGCGGCAUGAGGAAGAUGAUACUUUCAGGUAAUAUAACAAUAAAAGACACCUUCAGUUAAACAAUCAAUCAAAAAUAUAUAGUGGCCUAAAUAUGGGGACUCGAGUUAAUCAUUGAAUCCCCUUUAUCAAUACUGUAUGUAACAUAUUCUCUGUCCAUGAAGUCAUAAAUAGCAAAUGCAUAUCUUCCAAUCCACAUUUGCUCUUUAGAGCAUGUCAGUUUCAGCCUUAAAAUGAAAUAAUUUCACAAAGCUGACCUUAACUCUGCACCUAGAGCCCUAUUAAACAGCAAACAUACAAAUAUACAUAUCUAAGAAUCAAACUGUAUCAUAAACAAUAAGCGUUUUUAAUAUUUCUACAUAAGAGAUUAGGAGGGCAGGGGGGGGGAUAAAAAAAAAAGAAGUAUCAGGUCAGGUGUGACACAGUCAUAUCUUUGUGCUUUUUCUAUUUUACGUGGUGUAUUUGUUCUGUUGUUAGACCAUGCUAUAUCUCAGCACCAAAUACAUUUUACGAGACUGUUCCAGCUGCAUGUCAUCCUUGCCAACAGCGUUUAUUACUUUGUUUUAGUGCUACACUUUUAUUCAAGUGAUCACUAGAAGUAGUCAUUGCUAGAGAACAUCCAAGACAUUUUACAUUGACAUAAAAACGCAUAAAAUGCUAGAAAAAUCAAGUGUCCUUGUGUCAGUGUGGUGAACGUCAGACUCAUCUGAAUAUGUUUUUGUUUGUAUUUCAUCGGAGACGAGUAAUUUCCUCGCAUAGUGUUAUUAAUUUAUACUGCUGGUUUGUUAUGUUGCAUUUUUUUUUGUCCAUGAACCAAACUCCCACGUCCUUCAGGGUUUGUCGUUUGGAGGCUAUGAAUUUUAAAAUGUGUUGAACACAUUGCAGACAUCUCUGUGUAGUCAAAUCCAUGUUUGUAUUGUUGAUAAUCUGAGUGCAAUAAACAUUUAUGAAACAAA